CUCGCAAGUUACAUACAGGGGAUAUUUGCAAAAUAUAAUUAUUUCAAGGUUGAAAUCGUUGUCUGUCAGACGCGCAAAAGGAAGGCAAGUCAACUAUAGGCACACCAGAUCGCCCUAGUUGGAUUUUCAAACGAGAAAAGAUUUAGUUAAAGAUCGCAAAGAUGAACCCACAACAGCGGAUUGCCGCUAUUGGAACCGAUAAGGAAUUGAGUGACCUGCUGGACUUUAGCGCGAUGUUCUCCCCACCGGUGAGCAGUGGGAAGAACCGGCCGACCACCCUCGCCAGCAGCCAGUUCACCGCUGCAGGUAUGGAUGAGCGAACAACUCAGGCGUCAUGGGCCCCAGGUGGCCAGUCCAGUCCCUCCUACGAGUCCUCCAGAGGGUUUGCAGACAGUCCUCAUUAUGCAGAUCAUCUGAGUGACAGUCGAUUAGUGUCCCAUGAAGGAUUGUCCCCAACACCUUUCGUGAGUCCCAACAUAAUGGGGAAGUCAGAGCGGCCUGCGUUUCCGGGUUACGCAAGGGAGCCAGGUGUGUCAGGCUGCCAGUCGAAUCUGCGCUCAGACACGGCUCUGGACAGCCCUGCACAGGUGAGCACCGGGAACACACCUGGGAAGAGCCCCGCCCCUUUUUUCCCCUUCACCGGCUCCAGCACACGAAGACGCUCACUGCAGGAAUCGCCCGCCACGGAUCCUCUCCAAACAAAGAAAGUGCGCAAGGUUCCUCCUGGCCUUCCAUCAUCUGUGUAUGCUCCGUCCCCUAACUCUGAGGACUUUAACAGAGACUCUCCCUCCUACCCCCCCACCACCACCACCAAGGCCCCCAACAGCAUGUUCACCGGCACAUUCUUCGACGGGACCCACAACUCCUCGGAUCCCUGGAGUUCGUCCAAUGGGAUCAGCCAGCCGGGCUACGGCGCCAUGAUGGGCGGAGCUUCGUCUCACAUGUCACAGUCUGGAAACUAUAGCAACCUGCACUCACAUGACAGGCUGCAGCCCUACCCUGCUCACGCGGUGUCUCCCUCAGACAUGAGUGUGAGUCUGCCCCCCAUGUCCAGCUUCCAUCGCUCCUCCAGCACCAGCUCCUCGCCCUUCGUCCCCGCCACACACACUCCUCCAGUCAACACCAGCGAGGGCGUCAUGGGGCGGAGCUCACCGUGAUGAGGCGGGCAGUUUGAGCACCAAUCACAGCGGCCUGCCCAGUAAUGGCCCCUCCCCCAGCAGUGAGAUCAACCACCAAGCUGAUGGGUUCAGAGGAUUGGCGGGCAGCUUGGCCAGUCAGGUGGCGGCGGCUCUGGAGCUGAAGAUGGAGAACCCGGAUAAGGAGGAGCUCCCUGACCACGCCUCCUCAGAGGACCUCAAGUCCGACGACGAGAGCGACCGCAGGGACAUCAAGACCCCCCGCGGAGGCACCCGCACCAGCAGCAUCAACGAGGACGAGGACCUACCCCCGGAGCAGAAGGCGGAGCGUGAGCGCGAGCGGCGGAUGGCCAAUAACGCGCGGGAGCGGCUGCGCGUGCGCGACAUCAACGAGGCGUUCAAGGAGCUGGGCCGCAUGUGCCAGCUGCACCUCAAGAGCGAGAAGCCCCAGACCAAGCUGCUCAUCCUGCACCAGGCCGUCGCCGUCAUACUCAACCUCGAGCAGCAAGUCAGAGAGCGGAACCUGAACCCCAAAGCAGCCUGCCUUAAGCGGAGAGAGGAGGAGAAGGCGUCAGGAGUCUCAGCAGAGCCCCAGCAGCCCCACCCAGCUGUUCACCCUGGCCUCAGCGACACAGCCAACCCUAUGGGCCACCUUUGAGAUCAAAGACGGUGCGGAUCAAGUGUGUAAGAUGGCAGUGGUGACAUUGCUUCCCACCGGCCGGCAGGACUCCCAGCUUGUGACACAGAUUCGAAGAGACACAUCACUUGAAGCGAGAUUUAAAAAAAGAAGAAGAAGAAGAAGAAAAAAACAGAAAAGCGAAUAAAAGAAAAGUAAUCCCUACGCGGUGGAGAGGACUAAACUGGCCAGUGUCCAGACUCCCCCGGAUGCAGACAGAAUCUCAGCCCCACAGAAGAAGAAACCCAUUUUUAAAAAAAAGAAAAGAAAAGAAGAAAAAAAAACAACAACUUUGAAUGACAGAAAGCCCAAGACUUUAGCACAUACCGGUGUCUGUGUGCAGAGUGUCACAUCUGACCAAUCAGAGACUGUCUCCAUUGUCUAACCCCGCCCCCACCCGACCCCCACCCCACCCCACCCUUCGGGAAGCAGCCUUGUGCCUAAACUGAAUUUGACGAAUGCAUUGUAACAGCAAUUAUUCUUGUUUAUUUGUUUUGUUUAUCAUUUCAUUUGUUGUCUUUUUUCUAUUUAUUAUGUUACUGAGCUAUAAAGUCUAUGCUUAAAGGGAAAGUUACGACAUUGCUUUGAGAGGCCGAUGACGUUUCAGUUGAUCUACAGUUUGCCAGGGACCGAGCAAAGCUAGCGGUGUUAGCGAUGUUAGCACUCUCGCCUCUUUCGUCUGAGCUGAGUUCAGUGAAGCCAUGAAGAUCAUGAGAUUAAUAUAUAUUUUAGCCCAUUCAGAUCAAAUAAUUUAUGUUCUCAGAAAGAAUUGGCACCACCAGAUGCUCAAAGAUUCUCAAUGAUGGAAAAAAAAAACAAAAGUGUUUCUUUGUUUCUUGAUUUUGUUUUUUUAGAUAAUAUAUUAUUUAUAUUUGUAUAGUACACAAAUGUCAAACCAAAACUACCUAUGUACUCAUUUCAGCUCAGACUGUGUCCAGCAAAAAGGCACUAGAGAGGAAUCGCAGGAGUGCACACAGAGGUCACGGCAAAGGUCAAAGGUCAAAGGUCAGGAAGCGGCUGGUUUCUGCAUCAGUAGAGAAGGAUGGCAAACUCUAGCUUUCCUGAAAGGUCAAGCGUGGGCUGUUAGCCAGACGUGUUCCCCACCACGGACUGUUCACACUCAGAGAGCCAACAAGCGUGACAGAGAGAUAGAGAAAGAAAAAGAAAGAAAGAGAGUGAGAGAGAGAGAGCACAAGCAUUCAGCAUUAAAUGACACCAGAUAGCGGCAUAUAUAUGUCCUAAUCUGGGCCAAACACAGGCCAGAAGUGGCCCAGAUAUGUUUCGGACUCGCCUGCUGUCCAGGCCAUGCAUUCCCUGCCAGGUCUCUUCAGUGUCUUAAGGAGCGGCGGAGGAGGGUUGGGUCUUUCCCGCCUUUUUUCCUCCGUAGAGAGUUAGCAUGAAAACAACAGCUCACCCUGAAGAUAGUUGGUUUUCUUAGCCCAGUUUCUGAUGAGGAGUUCUGGAGGCGUGGCUAGCCAUGACAUAAACAUCCAGAACUCUUCAGUUGAAACUAUGGCAACCAUGGAGAUUGCUUUGAGAGGCAGUAGAUUAACAGACAAAAAACUGAAGUAAUAAAAGAAAAAGAAAAAAACAUUUAAAAAAAAUUCAACGAAGACCACAUCAUCUGGCCUGAGUUCAAGUUUUACAUUAUUUUUGUCUUUCUGUCUAGUAAUACAGUACAAUUAACAAUUCCAAAAAAAUCAUACAAAAAAUCAUUACUCAAAAUAACCGUGUCAUAUGUUUAUUUGUAAUAUAUGUAUACAAAGCAUUUCUUUAGGCUUCACUCUACAGCGUUGUUACAUUGAGUGUAAUUUAGCCAAGGGAGAUUCUAAGUUAUUUAGAAUGCCUCCUUAGCCCCACCCCCACUUCAGCAGCAGAAAUGGCUGAUGGGAAAUGUAGGCGUUGUAGUCAGAGUUGAACAGAAGCCCCAUCAGUCCUGGUGACCAGAAGAACAACAAGCAGCUCUAGAGGGCACUCAGUCUCAUCACUCCUCUCCCAUUUACACUGUUGUUUUUUUAAGCUUUUGGUGUGUGUGUGUGUGUGUGUGUGUGUGUGUGUGUGUGUGUGUGUGUGUGUGUGUGUGUGUGUGUGUGUGUGUGUGUGUGUGUGUGUGUGUGUGUGUGUGUGUGUGUACGUACGUGUGUGUGUAUGUGUGUGUGUGCUGUACAUUCUCUGGCUUUCAAUGCUCUAUCUCUGUUUGAGAUCUCCUCAGUAUCUUCCUUAACCUCCUGUCUUCCGAUCGUCGUCCAACUGUCUGACAAGGCCCUCACAGCCCCACUAGGUUCCCCAUAACACUGACUAGAACCGCAGUGAUCUGUAUCAGUUCUUCCAAAGCUCAGACUAGAACCACACAAUGACCAGUUCUUCCAUAGCACAGAAGAGAACCACAAAACAUCUGAUCAUUUCAUAGCACCGACUAGAAUCCCUCAGCCACUGUAGCCUGUUAUCUGAUUGUAUAGACUAGAACCACACAGCUAUGGAGAUACUGCUAAACAGAACCACAUAAGAGCACAGCUGCUCACAAAACCACAAAUCCGUUCUUACAAGUUCCCACUCGAACACUGAGACCAGAACCACCACACCAUAGUUACCGGUACCCUCCUAGAUCUGAGGCCACAACCACAAACACGACCACAGAAAUACUGGUUCUCUUCUGUAGCAGACCACAACAUCGCAGAACCACUCCUCAGAACUAUAUUUCUACACAGCAAUCAAUUAGCAUAAGCCCCAUGAAGAUUCAUGACGUUAUCGUCCCAUCAGUGUUUCCCCGUGUAGUGUUUGGCCUCGUUGAACUCUAUAUUUGAGAAUGUGUGUCGCCUAUCCCCUAUCCCUGCUCAGUCAAUAGUCAAACUGAAGUUGUGUCAUUGCUUUUGCCAUUUUCCAAUUUGUUUAUUUUAUUUCCUUUUUUCUGCCAUCUGUUUGUUUGUUUGUUUGUUUGUUGGCUAAUGUUAGACUUUAAUGUAUUCCCAGAUGCUUUCCCUCAUGAGAUAUAUAUGACAAAAAGCUUAAAAAAAGAAAAAAAAACAUUUGGCUUAUUUUUCACUGUAGUUAGUCUUUUAUACUAUAAUAUUGUAAGAACAUUUCUUGAAUUCUAAAUAUUACUCUUUCUAGAUUUUUGAAAUCAAAAGUUUUGAGUAAAAAAGUUUCUUACUUUAUUUUACUAUAUUAGAUAGUAAAAGAAAACAAACAAAGUAUGGUUCAUUACCAUAACCUAUCAAUUACCAUAACCUAUCGAUUACUAUCAGAAACAAACAGAAACAAAAACAAUGAGGCGUAGCAGCAUCUUAAGAACACAGUAGGAUUGUAGCUCUGUGUAGGCAAGGACAGGGAGGUUCCGAGCUCAAUGUUCUUAGAGGAUGUUGUUCUAAGCGUCAUGAUCUCCACUGCAGUUGAUGGUUGAUGAGUGAUUUGCACCCGCGGUGAAAUGUGUAAGGUUUUGUUGUCAAAUGCACAUCUUUAAAGGACAAAAAAGAGAAACAAACUUAAAAAUAAUAACCACAAACCAUGAACCAGCAGGAGAAGAGAUGAAGAGUUGAUAUUUUCUGUCUCUGUAACAGGAAACACAACGUGUAUAUAACAUGUAGCAAUAAAGGUGCCAUGUUUCUUAACUGAGACUGUACGUGCAUUUGUUUCCCUUCACUACAACACCCGAGUCUUUGUUGGUGUUUAGUUUUGUGUGGUCUUGUACAUGACUUUAGCUAUACAUGUCAAAUCAUGAUUCUUUUUUUUUAUUUCGUCAGAAAUGUUGAGGAACUUGAAUUCCAUUUCCUUAGUAAGGUGGAACUACAAUACAGUUGUU